CAAUCUAGUGUUGGCUCCGAGUAAAUACGGAGAACCAUGAGCGUGUGGUUGUUUUUUUUUUUUUUCCCCCGUCCAAGACAUGUCAAAAAGGUGAGCAUGUGGACUGUGGUUGUUGAAUUCACCAAAACAUGAAGAAGCGCUAAACAAUUUUAAAGGACAAUAUUUUCUUUUGCUCAAUUUAUCAAAAUAAACAUUUAAAGCAAAAUAAUCAAUAUUAUCUGCAUCGCUUUCUUAGUUAUUAAUUUUUCCUCCCACCACGUAAUCAGUAAUCCGACGAAACACAAAAUCAGCCAACCAAAAUCUCAAUAAAGAAACUGAUUAGUUGAUAACGAAAUAAAUAAAAAAAAACAUCUUAAUUAUUUAUUAAUUAACACUAAAAUUUUCGAUGCUCCCUUUUCAUGUCCGACACUCUGUCGGUGAACGUCAACUGACUACCAAAUACACCCCCAUCUCCUUCCUCACUCCUUCUCUCCCUCUUCUCUCUCUCUCUCUUUCUCUCUCUCCACCGCCAUUUAAUCCCCGGCGAAGAAUUUACAGGAAUGUUAGGUUCUACCGGCCAGGUAACUGCUAUUUCUUCAUCCCUUCUCUUCCUCCGGCGCCUCCGCCUUCGUCUCGUUAUUUCCCCGCACAAGCUCUGUCUGUUUUUCGGCUUCUUUCACUUUCAAGUCAGUAGCAGUUCUUUUCACCUUUUUCUCUGAAUCGUUUUGUUCAAUCUUUUGAACUAUACAGCCGGCUUCUCCUUCUUCCCUCUUUUGCCCUUCUCGUCCGAGCUCUCUACUUUCGGCUUCUGCUUUCUCUUCGGAUCUCUUCCCCCCAUUUUUUGCCCCACUUUUGGCUUACUUUUUCGCCUCUUUUGGAACCACUGGGUCUUUGUGUCCUCUUUCACUCGGAAUCUAAUUUUCGCUCAGUGGAUUCGGGCUUUCUGUUGCGAUGCAAUUGCCGCAGACAUUUUCCCCUGCUGCCGUUUCUACUUUUCUCCAACCUCUUACCCUUUUGGCUUUUUGUUGCGUAAUAGCGUUAGUUGCCAGUCUCUCGGUUCUCUCUCUCUCUCUCUCUCCGUUACAGCUCAAGAUGCUCCUUCACUGUUUUUUGUAAAAAAAAAAUUUUGAUCUAAUUGAGUUGGGGCGUGGGUUUCAAUCAGGGCCAGCACUGAACAGCGACGGAUGAUGUGAAAUGUUAUCGAGAGAAUAUUGUCGAUUACUGGGUUGUGCAGUAAGUAUCGUCUCCAUUAAUUCUCCCUUUCUGCAUUCCUUUCUUUAUCCAAGGACGAAAGGUCUUUGUUCUGAUUUUGACUAUGCUGUUUUCCUUACAAAAAGCUACCCAUCCUUUCUCUCUAGCUACUCGCUCCCGACCUGUCUCUCCGCUAGUUCGGCCAGAUUUCACUCGGAAUCCGCAACGUUCACCUAUCUAAUUGGUGGGUUUUACUUAGAAAAUCAGUUCAGAAUGGCUAACACUCGGACUUCGGUUGCUCAAUUGAUUUGAAGCCUAUGUGCAGUUUGACAGCGUUGCCUUCUUCUUGCAUUUCUUCUCUGUUUACCUUGCCAUCGUUGCUGGUGCUGGUUUUCUGCUGUGGGUUAGAUGAGAAAGCAUGGAGUAAUUAAUUGUCUUGACUUGUUCCAAAACAGGUGCUGAGAUGAAUCGGGUACAGAAUACCAAGACACACUCCUUAGAGAAGCAUUUCCCUGGAUGCUUGGGCAGAAUGGUGAAUCUUUUUGAUCUAGCCAAUAAUGUGAGUGGGAACAGGCUGCUGACCAGUAAACCGCACAAUGGUUCUUCACUGUCAAGGAGUCAGUCAGACGUAGUGAGGAUGAUGGGUGCACCCUUUGGAGAUCAGAUCGAGGACAAAAUGAUAGUGUCGGAGUUUCAGAGAAGCUCCUCAAAUAAAAAGGCAAGUGGAACACCGAUGAAAACCCUUAUAGCUCAAGAGUUGUCCAGAGAAGUAGAUAGCAAUCAAAAGCCACCAAAUCUGGUUGCUAAGUUGAUGGGCCUUGAUGCCCUUCCACAUCAGCAGCCUGACUCGGGAGCACUAACAAGUCACACAAAGGGUUACUCGAGACGGUCAUUGAGUCACUCGGGAAUUCUACUGGAAUGUUGGGAGUCAGAUCAGAAUUUUUCGGACAAGGAAAUGCAAUGUUCGGCCCACCAUUGUCCUGAACAGAAUGAGUGCAAAGAUACUACAUAUGAAGUGUGGCAGCAGUGUCUGACCAAAAAACUCAGAGAUGGCUCACCACAGAAGAGAAGGCCAGAUGGAAAUAUGAAUGACAGAAAGAUGGCUCUCAUUCGGCAGAAAUUCAUGGAACUCAAAUUUCUGGCUACUGAUGAAAAGGGCCGUAAGUCCAAAGAAUUUCAAGAAGCAUUGGACAUCUUAAGCUCCAACAGAGAUUUAUUACUGAAGUUUUUCCAGGAACCAAAUUCAAUUUUCUCUCAACAUCUCUAUGAUAUGCUGUCUGUUCCUCCACCUCCUGAGACAAAGCGCAUAACUGUUCUUAGACCGUCUUCCAAGGUGGCUGCAAGUGAUAAAAUGGCAGGGUUAGAAAAGAAGGGUGAUAAGAAGACCACAGAACCUGCACAGAUGAAUCAGGCCACUGCUGCUUGGGACAAUAAAAACUUUGGAUGCUCUCCCACACUUUCAAAUGAUGAAUAUUCUUCUGUGCAACCAACCCGGAUAGUAGUACUGAAGCCUAGUCCAGCAAGGACUUACGAUAUUAAAGCCGUAAUUUCACCGCCAUCGCCAACACCAAGGGGAGAAGAGCUUAAUGGUGAAGCUGAAGAUCACGGGGCACAAGAAUCUAGGGAUGUUGCAAGUGAAAUCGCAAUGCAGAUGUGCAAAGAUCUGGUGGGUCGUCAGAGGGAUGAAACACUCUUGUCGUCUGAUGUAUUCUCAAAUGGUUACAUUGGCGAUGACAGUUCAUUCAACAAAUCAGAAAUUGAGGACCCAACUGGAAAUCUUAGCGAUUCAGAAAUAGCUUCCCCUAUUUCAAGACAUUCAUGGGACUAUGUAAAUAGGUUUGGUAGCCCAUACUCUUCCUCAUCAUUCAGUCGUGCAUCUUGCACUCCAGAGUCAUCUGUUUGCAGGGAAGCAAAGAAGCGGCUGUCUGAAAGAUGGGCCCUGAUGUCCUCAAAUAUGAGUUUACAGCAGGAGAACAACGCACGAAGAAGCUCAAGUACUUUGGGUGAGAUGCUUGCUCUCUCUGAUACAAAAAAACCAGUGGUGUCUAAGGAAGAGCCUGAUAAAAAUGAACAAGAGCUCGAGGCAUCAACUUCCUCUUUAGCUUGUAACCAGACUAGGGAAGACGGCAUCGACCAGUCUCCUAGAAGUCUUCUGAGAUCUAAAUCUCUUCCUGUCUCGUCUUCAAUAUAUGGUGUCCGGCUCAAUGUUGAAAUUUCUGAUUCUGAGGCCGUCAAAGUUGAAGUCCCCAAGGAGUUGACCAGGACAAAGAGUAUGAAAUCAUCCUUAAAAGGAAAAGUUUCCAGCUUAUUUUUCUCGAAGAACAAGAAACCAAAAGAUCAAAACAGUGCAUCUCAAUCUGUCACCGCAGAAGUGCCAUUGCCUCGUCCUGGACAAACUGGCAGCCAUCGAUCUUCAUGCAUUGACAAAACUGGCAUGGAAGAGUGUUGCUCUCCCAGUUUAGAUGGAUCAUGUGAGAGUUUGAAACAAGGCAUUGCUUCUCAUGAGGGAGUCUUGACAGUUGCUAAGCCAGAAAUCGCAGGGAGUACGAGCGAGAACCAAGAUCAGCCCAGCCCAAUCUCAGUAUUGGAAGCACAAUUUGACGAGGAUGACCUCAACAUUCCAGAGCUUUGUGCUAGCAUAAAGCUAGACCGGCGGGGACCAGAACUUCUCUCCAAGUCUUACUUGAUCGACAAGUCACCACCCAUUGAAUCGAUCGCUCGGACGCUCUCCUGGGAUGACUCCUCCUGUGCAGAGACUACUGCAUCAUCAUCAUCCUCCUACUCACUAAAACCCUCGAGCGCUGAGGAAGAAGAAAGGGAUUUGCUUUCCUUCAUGGACACGCUACUGUCGGUAGCUGGCUUGGGCAGGCAGUCUCAGAUGGAAAUGGAGGACUCGAAUUUCCCAAGAUGGCAUUCGCCGCAGAGCCCACUGGACCCAUCGCUGAGAGACAAGCUUGCCAGCGAGACGGAUAAGGAAGUUGCAGUCAUGCAUGAAGCAAAGAGGAGACAGAUAAGAUCAAGCAGGAAACUUGUGUUUGACUGUCUCAACUUGGCACUCAGUGACAUUAUUAUCACGAGUCAUGGGCCCACUGCUGCUGGGCGUGAGUCACUACCGGCCAUGGAGGCGGUGGAGAAUGUGUUGUGCCGGCUGAGGGAGUGGGUCGGGAGGAGGGAUGAUGAGGAGGAAGGCGACAGCGGGAGCAGUGUGGUGGAGAGGGUGGUAAGGAAGGAGGUGGCGGGGAAAGGGUGGAUGGAUGGGCUGGCGGCGGAGGUGGAGAGUGUAGGGAAGGAAAUAGAAGGGAAGUUGCUGGAAGAGCUGGUGGAGGAGGCGGUGGUUGAUCUGGCAAGCAGUUAGCGAUGGUGGGACUGAUAAUGAGGUUUCUUCUGCUUCUUAUUAUUCCUCCUCUCUGUAGUGGGGCUAUUGAUUUCUUUUAACAUAUAUAUAAAUGUGCGCCUGUUCUCUCUGUGACUGGCUGUCGCAUACUUCUACUACUACCCCUAUUUGUUUAAAUUGUUGGGGGAAAUUGGUGUGGUAGUGUUUCCGAUUGAUAAUUGUGUAGCCAUUGUAUGGUUUUAUAUGUAUUACUGGAAUUAUUAUUGGUAGGUGAGAUGUUAAAUUCUGAUGGUAGCUUGUACUAAGCACUAACCCUCUAUGGACAUUUUGCUUGUUUUCAUCACAACCUGGUUAACAAAGGAUGAAGAAAACCUCUUUGUAUAUAGGGUGGCAUUGGCAAUGAGGGAAACAAUUGUUUGCUAGACCCGUGAAUAUGUUUGUAUUGUUGGAACUGACGUACGAGUGUAUUAUAUAUAAAUGAGUUGGCAGUGUGAAAUAUUUGUUGUGGUUUGAAAUCGGAAGGUAUUGUAUAGUAAAUGGGUAUUUGGUGAGCACUUCUACUAUGCUAUAUAGUAUUGGUGCUUUAAUGUAUAACUUAAAGUUGUACCAUAACAUUAAAUGUAUAAGUUUAGGUUGUACCAUAAAGCAAUUUGUACCAUUAUGUUAUGGUACAACUUUACAACUUGAAGUUGUACCAUCACAUAAAAGUACAGGUUCAAGUUGUACCAUAAAAGAAUUUGUACAAAAAGUAUAGGUACAAUCUGAAGUUGUACCAUAACGUAAAUGUACAAUUUUAAGUUGUACCAUAAAGGCAAAAUCCUAUAGCACCAAUACUAUAUAUCAUUGUAAAAUUUCUCGUAUUUGGUAUGGUAAAUUCGAAUCAAAUCGAAAUGGUCACUUUCUCAGGUUGGAAUUCAUCAAAUCAGAGAUAUAGUUGUAGAGUGCUAUAUAGCAUUGGUGCUAUAGGUUUUUUCCUUUAUGGUACAAUUUGAAGUUGUACCGUUAACUUUAUAGUAAAACUUUAUAUAGUACCUAUACUCUUUUGUCAAAUUGUUUUAUGGUAUAACUUAAACGUGUGCUUUCAUUUGAUGGUACAAGAUUAAGUUAUAAAGUUGUACCAUAACAUAAGAGCACAAAUUCCUUUAUGGUACAACCUGAAAUUAUACAUUUAACGUUAUGGUACAACUUUAAGUUGUACAUUAAAGCACCAAUACUUUAUAGCAUAGUAGAAGUGCUCUUGUGUUGUAAGUUGAGGAUCUGUUCAAAACAUAUCAAACUGAUAAAAAAUUAGCCGAAAUGGGAAAGUUUGACUUAUUUGGAGCGAGGGCUUCAAACUUUACGCUCAUCUGACCACGCGGAUGUUCAGGCAAUCCGUCUUGAUUAUUUUGUUUCAUUAUUCUGUAUAGUAUAAUACAACCCUUCACUUAAGUAGAUUUUGUGCAUUUCGAGAUUCAUUGGUAAAUAGACUUUGACUCUCUAUCAACCACUAACGUGUCACUAUUUUAUUAACAUGGUUACAACUAAAUCGUUUGAAAUCCAAACACAAGAAGAACAAUGUGUUGUACUCUUUCUACUAAUAUAUUAAUUAUAUUAAUACAUAAAUGGGGUGUCAUAUCGCUUGGAAACCUUAAACUUCAACCUAUAAGCUAGAAGAAAGCUUUGACUUCGAACCCGAUGUGCCAGUAGCCGCGAUAAUACAGAGGAUGCAAGCGUUAUCCGAAAUGAUUGGGCGUAAAGCGUCUAUAGGUGCAUGAAAACCCGAGCCGGUCGCUCCUCCAUUAAUCCGACCGGGGGUGUGGAUAACGAGGCCACCUUCACAACCUUCUCCCUUUUGUCCCUAUGUUGUAGUAAGGUAGGAAUUUUAGACAAAGCUUCAUAUAAACUUUGAUUUUCAGUUAAUCCGACACCAACUCUUCAAUAUAUUUCUUGCUGAAAAUAUCCUUGAUCCCAUUGGUAACGAGUGGGACUAUGUCUGGUGAUCAUCUUUUCUUUGCCACUUGUGUAUUUUCUAAUUCUGAAGCUGAUAGAAUAGUUCUCUAUAAGUAAUCCUAUUGCACUACGCGUACACAAGGAUUUUGUAAAUUUGGAGUGGCUGGAUAAGCUCCCAGGGGAAAAGUUAAUCUGCUAACUUGAAGAUUCGUUAGCAGAUACUAACUUAUAUCCAAAAUACAUGAACUAGUAUCCAAGUACUAAAAUAUCAAGAGAGCACAAACUAGUAUUCAAAGUUUGCUAACUGAUAUCCACCAUGAAUCAACUAUUAUCCCAAAGUCACAAACUAAUAUCUAGACAACACAGAAUAGUAUCCAUAUAGCACAUAAUUAGUAUCCAGAUAACACAUAAGAGUAUCCAGAUAACAUAUAAGAGUAUCCAUAUUGAAUACUAGUUGGUUGUUUGUGGAUAUUAGUUGGUAUCUGCUAUUUGGAUACUAGUUUGUGAUGUUUUGAAUACUAGUCUGUGCUAUCUAGAUACUCAGCAGACUUGGAUAUUAGUUCAUACAUUUUGGAUAUUAGUUAGUAUAUACUAACGAAUCUUCUAGUUAGCAGAAUAACUAGGCUGCCCACAUAGUAAGGUUAGUCUGCUUGACCUUGAUGUCUCGGUUCAUUGUUCGAUUCAGGUCCAACCAGCUGAGAAUGUGAAAUCUCUUUUGAAGCCUUUCAAAUUCUUCAAGUUUUGGCUUCCACAUCCAUAGUUUGAGGAGUUGCUAAAAGAAUGGAUUACUAGAGUUGGAGGGUCUCCAAUGGUUGGGAUUUGUAAGUAAUUAUGUGUCCUCAAAAGUAUGUUGAAGAAACUUAAUGCAGAAGAAUACUCAUGCUAAGGUGAUUCAAUUCCCUGUCAAUCGUGAUCUCAGAACCCUUGACGGAAGACGCCUAGAUCCAAGAUUUCUUACCGUUGGCCAUACAUUGGCAUGUAAUAAUAAUUAUUAUUGCAGUUGGAUUAGAAACAUCCAAGAUCAUCCUUUCCCUGAGAUCUAACUAGGAUUUUUUUACGUUGGAUUAUAGUCAUUAUUAUUUUGAUAUUUAUCGUCAACGUCUAUUGGGGUAAGAAACGGGUAUACCAAAUGGAGAAGCUACUGCUCCAUUUCUCAUUCGCGCAAAGUGAAACAAUUAUUUAUGAACUAAACCGUCUCCUCAAUUAAUGUUGUCAUAACCGAACCGGAGCAUGACCCGAUAAUGCGAACGGCUCGCACUUUAGUGGUCCAACCGGUAUUAGACCGUUUAAAAACCGUUAGAGAACCGAUACCUAAUAAACGUUAUCAGUAUAAAUAGUGGACAUUUAUUCAGAGCUCAUCUCUUUUCUUCGAAAUUGUGAAAUGGAAAUAAGGAUUCAGUUUGAGAGCCCUACGUUUUUUGUUUAUUUCACUUUUCAAUUUUCUGCAAUUUUUUUAAUUAAAUUUAGUGGCUGAAUGGCAAAAAUCGGACCAGCGACUCAAUCGGCUCAAACGGUUAACCGCCUCGGCCGCUCGCCAACCGCUACAUAAAACCGGAGCAGCUUUUAGACUUUUUCGAGCCGGUUUUAUGACCGGGUGGCGGUUUUACCGGUCGGGCCGAGCGGCUCGGCUUUAAUAACACUGUCCUCAAUACUAUAAUUUGGUGGUUGCAGCUUCGGGACAAUAAACUCAAGACUGCAAAGACAAAUAACUAGCAAAUCACAAAGAACUGAAGGAAAACAACAGGAAUGCAAAUUAUUGAUACAGACUCACACCCACACACAUCAGAGUAACAUAUGUAGAGAAUGUCGCCACUCGAAUUAUCGACUGCCUUACCCACAGAUACAUUCGUAGACAAGAACGUAGACAAACAAAGAAACGAUCAACUUCUGCAAUUUACAGCAGAAACAAACACCCAAUCAGCAGACAGCAAAACUAAUCAGACAAGAUCCUAAAAUCUUCCAUCCGUUUAUAUACAACACACAACUUACUCCGCCACAAAAAGGCAAACAUAUACCUUACUCGCAGAGAGACUCGACAAACUCACAAAUCAUAGCAACAGUCACUUCCUUUGGCCUGCAGGAAUGCGACAGCUUUCCUCACUUGGAUUUCAUGCUCAUUGACGUAUUUAAACCAGGUUUGUCAUUGCUGUUCAGUCCAUACUGCAAGUACAAAGGGAGAAGCACGAGUUUAAAACAUGGAAUGGAAGAUCAAAGACCUUAGAACUAACAAGAACAAGACGCAAAUAAAUGUUCGCAUUCAGCAUGAUAGAAACCACAGAACUUGCAAUAAGUGAAAUAAUCCUAAAUGGUUCAUCUUUCCAACACUCUAUGGAUGAUUUCCAGAGGAAUGAACACUAAUUCUUCGUCUUCAAUCAAGAAUACCAACCAAG